GGAGCACCGGCGCGGUCCCGACAUCCCUGCGCAUCCCGCAGCCCCGCCGGGGAUGCCGCCGCCCGCCGGGCCCUGAGCGCCGGGACGCCGGCGGCCGCCGGCCCCGCUCCGCCGCCCCCCGCCCCCGCUGGAGCCGCCGCCGGGACCAUGGAGGUCGUGGAGGCCAGCACCCUUCAGCAGGAGAGGCUGCAGGCCAUCGCGGAGAAGAGGAAGCGUCAGACGGAGAUCGAGAACAAAAGGCGGCAGCUGGAGGAUGACAGGCGGCAGCUGCAGCAUCUCAAGUCCAAGGCUCUGCGGGAGAGAUGGCUCCUGGAGGGGGCCCCGGCUUCUGCCUCCGAGGAGGAAGAGGCCAUGAAGAAACAGAUGCAGGAGGAUGAGGUGAAGACCAAGGAGCUGGAGGAAACCAUCCAGAGGCUGGAGAAGGAGCUGGAGAUGCUGGAGAACAGCAGCUCAGUGGCUUCAACCAAGGAGAACCUGGCAGAGGCAGCAGCCAAGGAGGAGAAGAAGGCUGAGGCUGUCCCCAACACGCAGAAGAGUCCCCUGGGCACAGUUAAGGCCGCCAAGAGGGUCUCCAGCAGCCCCAUGAAGGCAGUGGAAGGCAGUGAAAUGAUGAAGGCGGCCAUGUACUCGGUGGAGAUCACAGUGGAGAAGGACAGAGUGACAGGGGAGACCAAGGUCCUGUCCAGCACCACCAUGCUCCCCCAGAACCACUGUCUGCAGGGGGUCAAAGUGUACGAGGAUGAGCUGAAAGUGGUGCACGCGGUGAGCGCCGAGGACGGGGCCCUGCAGAACGGCGCCCACCCCCUCAGCUCCUCCGAGGUGGACGAGCUCCUGCACAAGGCGGACGAGGCCACCCUGAGCGAAGCCGCCGGGCGCCAGACCCCGGCCAAGGGCGGUGGCAGCGCCCCGGGCAGCCAGAAGCCGACACCACGACGGGAGAUCACCGGGCUGCAAGCCAAGGUGCCACCGGGCGAGGAGGGGACAGAGCCCAGCCAGGAGCAACCCGUCACCAUGAUCUUCAUGGGCUACCAGAACGUGGAGGAUGAGAACGAGACCAAGAAGGUGCUGGGGCUGGAGGGCACCAUCAAGGCAGAGCUGGUGGUGAUCGAGGACGCCGAGAGCAAGCCGGAGCCGGCACACAAGGACCACACGCCGCCCAACGGCACCGCCCUGGAGCCGGCGGCCGCCCAGCCGCUGGGCGAGGAGAAGCCGGGCGCCAACGCCACGGAUGCCAAGGAGGCCGAGCAGGAGGCAGACGUGAAGAAGCAGCGCUGCAAGUGCUGCACGGUGAUGUGAGCCCCCAGCCGAGCCCCCUCCGCCCCGGCCCCGCUCGCCGGGCGUCCCCCCACCGGCCACGGACCCUCUUUCUGCAGAACCGGGGCGAUCCAGCGCGGUGCCAACGCAACGGGGCCGCAGCGGGCAGCGGUGGGCACCGCUCGCCCCAUCUGCCCGCUGCCAGCCCCGUGCCGCCCCCACCAGCGCUGCCUGUGGUAUUUAUUAGUGACCCCCUCGCCCCACGGUGCGCCCGCCCCGCCACGGCCCGGCCUCAUCCCACCUGCCACCGGCACCGGGGCCUCUCCCUCUGUCACCGACGUGGUCCCACCCGCCGUGGGGGGAUGGAGCCGCCGGGCAGGGGGUCGGAGGACGGCGCCGUGUCCGUAGAUGACUCCCCGGGAGCCGCCACCAGCGGGACCCACCCUUGGGCGAGCCCACGGUGGGCAUGGGAGCCAGCCCCGUGCCAGCCCCAUGCCAGCCCCGUGCCAGCCCCGUGCCAGCCCCUCCCUCUGUGCUUGCACUGGGGAAAGGCCUGGCUCUGCUGGCCACUGGCUGCCCACGGACAUCUCUGCUCCACCUCGUGUCCCCAUCCCUGCGCUCCCCAAGCCCUCGGGGACGGAGCGAGUCCAGCAAGGGGAGGGCAUCGAGGGCAGCGUCCGUCCCCUCCCUGGGGUAAUGGCCAGGGCCACCUGCAGGGUCACCCAGCCUGUCCCCAGGCCUGCUCUGCUCCUCCCGGGCUCAGCCCCACGUGUUGGAGCCCCUCACUCUGGUGCUGGCAGUGGCAGCCGUUCCUCUGCCUCGGCUGCCAGCUGGUGCCACUGGGCUGUGCCAGCUGAGGGGCUGAACUGUGCUGUGACACAGUGCCCGUGUCCUCCUGGGGCAACUUGGGGGGCCCAGCCUCAUGGGGCAGGAAUGGGGCGGGGGUCCUGUGUUUCCUGUGGCAGCAGGAGCGUGGCCCAGCGUCCUGUCCCCUUCCUGCCUCUGCCACUCAGCAGCAGCAGCAGCUUUGCAGAGCCACGUUCUGGGGUCCUGGGCUGCAGCUUUGGGUCCCCCAGGGGGGUGGGACAGCCCAGUUCACCCCAGUACUGGCACUGGGAGCUUCCAGGUGUCCCACAGAGGGCAGCCUCCCUGCUG